UAUAAAGUAGCAGCAUUCAAUAGUAUGCUCCACAGAUCAUUGAAUAUUCUUCAGUCAGAAAGUAAUUGUCAAGGAGAACUGAGUUUUAUCAAAGACAUUGCUGUCAACAACGAUCACAAGGUACCAACCUCAAACCAAGAAUGGAAACAAAUUGCACAAGAUUUCUACGAUCAACGGAAUUUCCUCAAUUGUCUGGGUGCAAUCGAUGGCAAGCAUGUGGCAAUAAAGAAACCCCACAAUUCUGGAUCACUUUACUACAAGUACAAAAAGUUUUUCAGUAUUGUGAUGAUGGCAGUGGCAAAUGCAAACUAUGAGUUCAUGAUGGUUGAUGUAGGAGUGAAAGGGCGAAUAUCAGACGGUGGUGUAAUCAGUUACAUGAAAUUCGGACAGGCGCUUGCUGGUGAUACAUUGAAAAUCACGGAACCAACACAACUGCCGAAUGGUCACAAAAAAUUUCCUUUUGGUUUUUUGGGAGAUGACGUCUUCGGGCUAACAGAAAAUGUUAUGAAACCGUAG